AAUAAAGCAUUGCGUCUCAUCUGAUCCUAACACACAGACUGAGCACAAUGGAAGCAGUAAUUUCAUUCCUCGUUCUUUCAUUGUUACCACAGCUCAUAGUGUCUGAGGUUCCCACUACAACCUCAUACAGGGCCAUCGUGGAGAUAGUUUCGGGAGAUUCCCGGAUCUUCAGCGGGGAAAGUCUGAAGCUGAGAUGCGUCAUCCCCAACAAGUACCAGGCCUCCUGGGAUUACCUGUGGUUCAGGGGAUCUGUGCAGCUCCCACAGUCUGGCGAGAUAUACCAGCUGUGGAAGGCCAACGUUAAAGAAAGCGGCAAAUAUUCCUGCCAAGGACAGAGAGAGACGGAUGUGGGAACCAUAAAAACACUAAGAAGUCUACCUUACGAGAUCCAUGUUGAUGGAGGGUAUGCCAUCCUGCAAAUGGCAAAACGCCCUGUCCUCGUUGGAGAUGCCCUGGAUUUGAAAUGCCGUCUCCGAGGGAACGCUCCCGUCCAUGAGACAAUCUUGUACAGAGACGGGAUUGAAGUGAUGGUGCAGAGCGGGAGCAGCUUGAAUUUCCACCUCCCCCACGUCGCCCUGGAGGAUGAAGGAAGGUACUCAUGCAGGGUAUCCUGGGACCUGAGUCGACGUACGCACUCCGUGAUGUCAGUUCCCAUUCUGGUGAAUAUCUUAGAGGUUCUAACCGAGCCGGUGUUGGAGAUUGAGAAAGACAACGCCCAGCUUGAACGGAAUAAAAUGCGCCUCAUCUGUCACGUCCAGUACAACGCCCCCGCCCCAGCCCCUCCUGUAAAUUACUAUUUCUACAAGAACAACAAUCUGUUGGGACCAGCAACCUCACUGAACCACGUGCACGUCGGAAAGGCUGCAGGAUGGUACAGCUGCAGAGCCAAGGUGCCAAAGCUGGAUAUCGUGAGGUGGAGCAAGCCCCAGAGCUUCGGAGAGGUCACAGGGCCACCAUUGAUGCCUCCCCGUCCUCAUCACAGAAAUCAGAUGACAUCCCGAUCACCCCCACACACCUUCUCGGCUCCUGAGACUCAGCCUGCAUCCCCAACAUACUUUGCUUCAACACCGUCUUCCGAUCAGCACACAGAGAGUCCCAGCCCAUCCUCGCCAUCGUCUGAGUCCUCGGUCUCAACCAGUCUGCCGACUUCAGGCCAGCUGCCAGGCUAAACGCAAACCCCAGAACCUCAGAGUGUGUCAUGGGGACUAUUUUAGAAAGUCCUGUAAAGGUGUGACUGAUGUGAAAUUUUCGCCAGGUGUUGGUAACAACCUCAGUUCUUUGUUUUUAACCAAUCAUAAGUUGGUCCUUGUGUGACGACUUGAUAACGACACACCUUUCUAUUGGCCGUCAUUUUGGACUGACCCUGACAAGGGGCAGGAUGGUUUUCAAAUCACUGGUAGAUUUCAGCUUUUUUCUUGGCUUUCCGUGACUUUUUUCCACCACCCUUUAAAUACUUUUCACAUUACGACACACAACUUAAUUUAUAUGUAUGGAUUAUUUGGGUUGUUAUCAAUACCAGGUGAGAAUCUUAUGUCAAUAGCACCGUUAGAAAUAUAUUUACUAUUAAAAACUGUGAUUUUUUUUUACCAGCUGUACCUGGAAACUCCUUUUAAACCAUACCAUCGUACCUAGCAGAGCAAUAAUCUGAGGCUUUCUAACAAUUAUUAGCACCACCCUGGUCUGCUAUUAUAGUUAUGUGUAUGUGUUAAUAAUUCUUUGCAUCAGUUUUCUCUGAGUGUCAUGAAACUAACUUUUAAUACAGUAAGAAAAAACAAAUAUUGUGUUUUAACCCAAUAAAGCUUUCGAUAAGCUGCA